UUUUGAAAGAAAAGUUCACUCGUUGUUCAGAAACCAAAAAAAUAAGGGAAGGCGUCGCUGGUCGCUCUCUCUCUCUCUCUCUCUCUCUCUCUCUAUCUCUGGUGGAAAUCAGAAAUGAUUCGUACUCGGUUGCUUUGGUUCACAGUAGGUUUCUCUGUAACAUCAGCUGCAAUUGGCCAGUUCGUUUGGCGAGACCUUUUGUCUGAGCGGCAUGCCCUUACUUCUCGAACUAAGCAGACAUUCGAUGCCCUUGAAGCUAGAGUCUUGAAUCUCGAGUCUAUCUCUCACCAUAACUCGAAUCCUGCCCAGAUUGAUGGUUAGAUCAUACGUGGAUCUGAAAUGGGUUGCGACACCUAAUGGAUUGCUUUGCUGAUAAGAGGCAUUUGAGUUUUUAUCAAAAAAUUGGGGGCAAUGUUUAUGAUUAUGACAUAUCCUCAUUGCAAUCAACUUUGAAAUUCUGAAAGCCCCUUCUUUAGUUUCCUUUUUUAAUGCAUUGGAGAAAAACAUGUAGUUCUAUUGAUUUUACUUCUUCAAGGGGCAUAUGUAGCCCCAAAGUGUGACUGCAGCUUGAUCCAAAUUCAGCUUCAUUCUCUUAAAACCUGAGAUGAAACAAGUUAUUGCUCCAUUGAAUUGCAUUUGGAAGUGAAUAAUCUUAUCAUUUGUUCUUUGAGUUGUUAA